GGCUGCUGCCUGGGAGUUUAGAGCCGCGCGAGCACACACAACGUCCAGAACAUCCAGACCCCAGGCUCGAGACCUCCAUACCGCCGUCUGUUUAACUUACAAACUACAGCGAAGUGACGACUGACAAGAGCAGACGCUAUGAAGGAGCAGGCGCGUUUUUUCCUCUGGCUGCAACUUUUCACAGCUUGUCUAGUCUUCGCGGUGAACGGUGACUACUGUAAGGUGAAUGUGUGUAGUAAUGGUGGAACCUGUGUGACCGGGGCUGGAGCACCAUUCAUCUGCAUCUGCCCUGAUGGCUUUUCUGGAGAAACCUGCAAUGAGACUGAGACUGGGCCCUGCCAUCCAAACCCAUGUAAGAAUGAUGGCACCUGUGAGCCAACUGGCCAGUCCCGCCGAGGUGACAUGUUCACGGAGUACGUCUGCAAAUGCCUGCCGGGCUUUGAAGGUGUUCAUUGCCAGAACAGUGUCCAAGGGGCAGAUUUAAAUUCCAAAAAAGAUGUAAAUGACUGUGCUGGCCAGCCGUGUCAGAAUGGUGGGACCUGCAGAGACCUGGAGGGAGAUUUCAAAUGCCACUGCCCUUCCCCUUACGUAGGGAAACAUUGCACCUUGCGCUGUAUUUCUCUGCUUGGAAUGGAGGGAGGGGGCAUCGCUGAGUCCCAGAUCUCUGCCUCAUCCGUCCGCUACAGCCUGCUGGGCUUGCAGCGCUGGGGCCCUGAGCUUGCACGUCUCCACAACAAGGGGCUGGUGAAUGCCUGGAGUGCAGCUGCACAUGACAAGAACCCAUGGAUCGAAAUCAACAUGCAAAGGAAGAUGCGCAUGACCGGCAUCGUGACACAGGGUGCCAGCCGCAUGGGCACAGCUGAGUACAUCAAGGCCUUCAAGGUGGCUUCCAGUCUGGAUGGCAAGACGUACACCAUGUACAGGGCAGAGGGAGAGAGGAAGGACCACGUAUUUGUUGGAAAUUUGGACAAUGACGGCACCAAGACCAACCUGUUUGACCCUCCAAUCAUCGCCCAGUACAUUCGCAUUGUUCCUGUUGUGUGUCGCAAGGCCUGCACCCUGCGCGUGGAGCUGGUGGGCUGUGAGCUCAACGUGUAUUCAAACACUUCAGGUUGCUCCGAACCGAUGGGCAUGAAGUCCCGACUGGUGACCGACCGCCAGAUCUCGGCCUCCAGCACCUUCCGCACCUGGGGCAUAGAGGCCUUCACCUGGCACCCUCACUACGCUCGGCUGGACAAACAGGGCAAGACCAACGCCUGGACGGCCGCCACCAACUCACGAUCCGAGUGGCUGCAGGUGGACUUGAAAUCUCCAAGGAAGAUCACAGGAAUCAUCACACAAGGGGCCAAAGACUUUGGCACCAUCCAGUUUGUCACAGCCUUCAAAGUAGCCCACAGUGAUGACGGACAGUCCUGGACUAUAGUGAAGGACGAGACCACAAAGACAGACAAGAUCUUCCCGGGCAACAGUGACAACAAUGUUCACAAAAAGAACAUCUUUGAACCACCUUUCUACAGCCGAUAUGUGCGCAUCCUGCCGUGGGACUGGCACGAGCACAUCACCCUGCGAAUGGAGCUCUUGGGCUGUGACGAGUAGCGCCGCCCAAGACGCACCUGCUCCCACCUCCUCCUUUCUCUACCUCCUUCCCCCUCCUCUUCCCUUCUUCCCUUAUUCCUCCUGAGCCACACCUGCACUGCCUUGCUCUCAGCCCUAGGGGGCAGCAAACACCAGAGCAGCACACCACCACCAAAUACCCUGGCUGGUCAGGGGUGUGAGUUGUUACCCCUAGCCACUGCUACCAGGACCCUUAUCAAGCUACACUCACAUGUGUCUCCUCAUUUCAUUUCCUGAAGAGAUCACUCAUCUUCUCACCUCAGUUAAAUCUCUGGCAUUUCGAGAAGCAGAGUUGGAGUCAGAUCUCAUUCCACCGUGUAAAAUUAAGAUGAUGACUUCUUCAUCCCUUUGUCAGAGGUCAGGGGUAACAAGACUGCUGCUGCAUCAGUUGGUGCUGCCUGGAUUCUCAUCCUAAAUCACUUCUACCUGGAACGUUGAACCUCCAAGACCCACGGCUGGUGAUGUACAUAAGCUCCACAAAACAGCUUGCACACGUCCUUUAACCAAACACUUGAUCUCCCCUCAAGACACAGAACAGAUAUUAUCUUAUCUAUCUUUAUCGUACCUAUCUUUAGAGGAUACAUUGAGAUGCAUGGCAGAUUAUUUUUCUUCAACAAAAAUGGUGUCUGCACAUUAAAAGAAAAAAGUAUUAAUAUAUUGGCAGGAUUGUUCUACAAAAAGUGAUCUUGUUUGUUGUGCUUCAGGGUUUUUGUUAAAAAAAAAUAGCAAGUUAUUAAUAUUUAAAAACAAUAUUUACAAGAAUCUUUGUGUUUGUUGAGCAAAAAUAUGAGACUAAACAUCUCAAAGUGUCCCACUGUGUUGCUACAGUUUUCCUUGUAUUUCUCGCAGUGGUUUGGAGACUCGAAUCCUCAGUUUCCUUAUGUUUAUGUUUUGUGCAUUAGUUUGGGCCAAUUUAGAGUUUCGACAUCCGAGGUGUAGACAUAGCACUCACUGAAACAUCUGGGAAUAGCAGACAAUAACACAGCAGCAAAAAAACUCCACAUUUUUACCAAACCUGUGUACAGACACAAAUAAAGGAGAAGUCAUCAAGUGAUAUGUGCUAACACACCCUCAGGUUCUCAUUUCUCUGGGUUUAUUCAGACAGAUCCAGUAAAUGGUGCACUGACGCAGACGCACGUAGAACGAGUCACACGUGUCGAGUCUCUGUAACUGUGAGACAUAAUAAGUCAGUGAACAUCUGUCAGUUUAGAAGCCAAACAGAUGUGAUCUUAAAGCCAGAGAACACACCCUCAUUGACAGACAGGAUGUGAUAAACAAAGAAUAAAAAGAGUUUAAGGUCACUGUUGCACGAAAGAGACACUUUAUUGCUCUUGAGGAAAUAGCUAUUGAGAUUUACACAUGCUGCGGAUAUUAGCCAGUAUAAUGGUUAUGAUAUAAAAAGCUCGUACACAACAGCUGUUUUCACAUCCCACACAACAUGAUUUCACCUUUGGCAGAAAUGGUUUUAGCCACCAAAGUUUUAAAUAUGUGAUGGUAGUUUUUGGCUGCAAGUGUGUAUGAAAAUUCAUUAAGUAUUUGACUGAAGAAAAGAGGUAUUCGUGGUCCGUUUACACUUAAUUAGUCUCACAGUGAUGAUGAAAUGAAGCCAGGUUUCUCGUCACCAUCUGUGAAUAUUAGAACCACUCGAGAUCUGGACGCUUUUCUGGACCACUUCAGAUCCAUAUUUUUACUGGCAGACUGCUACUGGUGUAUCAUACAUUACACUUUUUUUCUUGAACAACAGUAUUAAAUUAGUAAUAAUUCAGGAGUUGUGUGUAUUACUCAUUGUCUAGAGAAAUUAGCAGUAUUGUCAAUGGAACGAUGGUUGUUACGGUGUCAGGUCAAAGCAGAUCUGCUCCUGAUGUACAGUAAAUGCUACUGAGCGCUACUCUUUCACUCGAUCACUUGGCUGUGCUUCUAGUUGUGUUCACCCAGUUUCACUUUUUUUAUGGCACUUUGAUGUUUGUGUUCUGAUAUUUGAAAAAAAGAAUUAAAAAAAAAAGAAAAACACAGUAUUGUGCGUUGAAGAACAAACGGUAAACACAUUUAUUGUUAUGUGUCAAGGUAAAUAGAAAAGAAAACGGGCAGUGUCUUUGUUAGAAUAAACAGUUUUGAAAGUGUGGGGGGGUUUUUUGAUUGUUAAUAUGUGACAUGCAAAUAUUCAGUAUUUAGAUUCUCAUGUUUGAUGCAGAUCUUUUACUUUGGGUCCAACAUUAUGCCUCCAGUUGAAAGCUGCGCCCCGGCUGAUAAGACCGUAAAAUAGAAACCGAAUUAAAACUGAUUUGAACGGUUCCACUGGACGUGACACGACCUGUCACAGCAUCUGCCUCUGCCGCCCCGUCACAGUGCUCUAAACCUUUCCACCCCAUGAAUUAUGAAUAAUGGGCUUGUGCAAUAUUAUACUGUGUUAGUUUUGAUAACAAUGAACAUUAAUUCAAGAUCCUUAAAAAUGCAUGAGGGGAUAGCAGUGCCACUGAGAGGUCGCAGAUAGAUGUUGGUGUCAAACACUGUACAAUAUUUAUUAUUGUCGCAGACGAUUCCUGAAGCAGUCGCCCUCGUUAUCCACGUCUGCAUGCUUUUUAUUGACUGGUGUAGGUCAGUUUAAGUUGAGCAAUCUGACUUUAUUGGUGACAAAGUUUCAGUAUUCUCUAGGUGUUCAUCAGCAUUGAGGUUAAUAUGGAUAUAUCUUGUUCUCCCGCUGUUCUGGUUUUCUAUGACCGAUUCAAAAGAAAUUGAUGACAUAGAUGUUUUUAUUUUUGUUUGUUUUUUUGUUUUUUUUUUCUUUUUCCAUUUCUUGCUGUACCGACGGUUGACCUCAGAGACUUUUGACUGGAUUCGAAGCUUCUUUUUUUUUUUUCUUUUUUUUUUAUUCCAGUAUUGUGUUUCUAAGAGGACCUUAUGUUUGGCCUUUGUAUCUUAAAAUGAAGAAUAAACAAAGAAUUUAAAAACAGA